UGCGCGUAUAAAGGAGCGAGACUCGCAGGGACGAGAGGAGGCGAUGCGGCAAGGUUGCGGUAGUAUCACGGCUCAGAUCACCAUAGGAAACCGCCAUUCACGGAGAUCAUUCGGUUCUUUAGAGUUCCUGUGAGCAAAAGGAGCCGAGAGCGCGUGAGAUCUCAAACUCCCGUCCGGACGCCCGGCUGUUUUCCAUUUGCCUCCGCAUGUGCUUGCUGCGGGUUCGGAGGGAAGUACUUCUGUCUUUCUGCAGCAGUGUCAGUGUGCUGGCGAUUCCUGUCUGAUCCAUCGGCUUGUCUGCAGUUUCGGUGGACAGUAUCAGUUUUAGUAGGGCUCUUCGCUGGUCAUGUCGGCGUCACCUCCGUCCUUUGCCGCCUCCCGGAGCGAGCUGCUCCCUCCAGUCGAACCCGUCGCGCUCAAACCCGCUGGUCCCUCACCGAGCCAGAGCCGCUUUCAGGUGGAUAUAGUGUCCGAGUGUGCCGGGGACGGUCACGCUCCUCCCGCAUCCGACCCGUCCCCGCUCGACCUCCCCGCCGACCCACCGCACGACCCCGGAGAGGAAGCCAAAGGCCGGUUUCGGGUUGUGAACUUUGCGGCCUCGAGUCCGGACGCUGCUCCGGCGGAGAGCGCGCAGAAUGGGGACACGGUGAUGAGCGAGGGCAGUCUGCACUCGUCCACCGGCGGCCAGCAGCACCAUCACUACGACACUCACACCAACACGUACUACCUCCGCACCUUCGGUCACAACACCAUCGAUGCGGUGCCCAACAUCGACUUCUACCGGCAGACCGCCGCGCCGCUGGGCGAAAAACUCAUCCGACCCACCCUGUCCGAAUUGCACGACGAGCUCGACAAGGAGCCUUUUGAGGAUGGUUUUGCUAACGGUGAGGAGUUGACACCUGCUGAGGAGGCUGCAGUCAAAGAGGCUUCUGAGUCUAAAGGAGUUGUGAAGUUCGGCUGGAUUAAAGGAGUGCUGGUGCGCUGCAUGUUAAACAUAUGGGGUGUGAUGCUCUUCAUACGCAUGACAUGGAUCGUGGGACAGGCAGGAAUUGCAUAUUCCUGUUUAAUUGUUAUAAUGGCAACUGUUGUGACCUCCAUCACGGGCUGCUCGACCUCUGCGAUCGCAACCAACGGCUUCGUACGAGGAGGUGGAGCGUAUUACUUGAUAUCCCGAAGCUUAGGUCCAGAGUUUGGUGGCUCUAUUGGUCUGAUUUUUGCUUUUGCUAAUGCUGUGGCCGUGGCCAUGUAUGUUGUGGGUUUUGCUGAAACUGUCGUUGAGCUUCUGAGUGCAGCUGGUGCAUUGAUGUUGGAUCCCAUUAAUGAUGUGCGAAUCAUCGGCACCAUCACGGUCAUUCUACUGCUGGGUAUUUCAGUGGCGGGGAUGGAGUGGGAGGCAAAGGCUCAGAUAUUCCUCCUGGUUAUUUUGGUCACGGCCAUCUUCAACUACUUUAUUGGAUCCUUCAUCCCUGUUGAGUCCAAGGAGAAGUACGGCUUCUUUGGCUAUGACGCGGGCAUCUUGGCUGAUAACUUCGGUCCAGACUUUCGAGGAGAAACUUUCUUCUCUGUGUUCUCCAUCUUCUUCCCGGCGGCCACUGGCAUUCUGGCUGGAGCGAACAUAUCAGGAGAUCUAGCGGACCCUCAAAUGGCGAUCCCUCGAGGAACUCUUCUUGCGAUCCUCAUCACAGGUGUGGUGUACAUGGGUGUGGCCGUUUCUUCAGGUGCAUGUAUCGUGAGGGAUGCUACAGGUAUUGAGAGUAACCGUACUCUGAGCGCCAGUAUCAACUGCACUGAUGCAGCCUGUAAUCUUGGCUAUGAUUUCACUUCCUGUAGACCGGCGGUCAAGGGAGUGUCAUCACCCUGCAAAUACGGCCUCCACAACGAUUUCCAGGUGAUGAGUGUGGUGUCGGGCUUCGGUCCUCUUAUCUCCGCGGGCAUCUUCUCUGCCACCCUCUCCUCUGCCCUGGCAUCACUCGUCAGCGCUCCUAAAGUCUUCCAGGCUUUAUGCAAAGACAACAUCUACCCUGGAAUCGCAGGCUUUGCAAAGGGCUAUGGAAAAAACAACGAGCCGUUGCGCGGAUACCUCCUCACGUUUGGCAUCGCUCUGGCCUUCAUUCUGAUUGCGGAGUUGAACGUCAUCGCCCCGAUCAUUUCAAACUUCUUCCUGGCAUCAUACGCUCUCAUCAAUUUCUCUGUGUUUCACGCAUCACUGGCUAAUUCUCCUGGAUGGAGGCCGAGCUUCAAGUACUACAACAUGUGGGUGUCACUGGCCGGGGCCAUCUUGUGUUGUGUUGUCAUGUUUGUCAUCAACUGGUGGGCGGCGCUCCUGACCAACGUCAUUGUGCUGUCGCUGUACAUCUACGUGAGCUACAAGAAACCAGAUGUGAACUGGGGCUCGUCCACUCAGGCGUUGACGUAUCAUCAGGCUCUGACACACAGUUUACAGCUCUGUGGAGUAGCAGAUCAUAUCAAAACAUACAGGCCGCAGUGUUUGGUGAUGACUGGUGCUCCAAACUCCCGUCCAGCGAUUCUGCAUCUGGUUCAUGCCUUCACCAAAAAUGUGGGUCUGAUGGUGUGCGGUCACGUGCGCAUUAGUUCCCGCAGGCCCAACUUCAAAGAGCUGAACAACGAUACGCUGCGCUACCAACGAUGGCUCCUCCACAACAACUCCAAAGCUUUUUACACACCUGUCGUGGCUGAAGACCUUCGUCAAGGAACACAGUACUUACUGCAGGCUGCUGGUUUGGGCAGGUUGAGGCCCAACACUUUAGUGCUUGGCUUCAAAAACGACUGGCGCACCGGAGAUAUAAAGGACGUGGAGACCUACAUCAACAUCAUCCAUGACUCGUUUGAUUUUCAGUAUGGUGUCGUCAUUCUCCGUCUCAGAGAGGGGCUUGAUAUUUCUCACAUACAAGGACAAGAUGAUUCUUCUGGUAUGAAGGACGUGGUGGUCUCUGUGGACAUGAGUAAAGACUCGGAUAGAGACUCCUCUAAACCCUCUUCAAAGGCCACGAGUGUUCAGAACAGUCCAGCGGUCCAGAAAGAUGAGGAUGAGGAUGGCAAAGCGAACACUCAGCCGCUGUUGAAGAAAGAGAAAACCAGCCCUACGGUUCCUCUGAAUGUGGCGGAUCAGCAGCUGUUAGAUGCCAGUCAGCAGUUCCAGAGGAAGCAGGGGAAGGGGACAGUAGAUGUGUGGUGGCUCUUUGAUGAUGGUGGUCUGACUUUACUGAUCCCGUAUCUGAUCAAUAACAAGAAGAAAUGGAAGGACUGUAAGAUCCGUGUGUUCAUCGGUGGAAAGAUCAACAGAAUCGACCAUGACCGCAGAGCAAUGGCAACAUUGCUCAGCAAGUUCAGGAUCGAUUUCUCUGACAUCACUGUGUUGGGUGACAUCAACACAAAGCCCAAAUCAGAAGAUGUGACCAAGUUUGCUGACAUGACCGAGCCGUAUAAACUGAGAGAAGAUGACAUGGAGCAGGAAGCUGCUGAAAAGCUGAAGAGUGAAGAACCCUGGAGGAUCACAGACAAUGAGCUGGAGCUGUACAAAGCAAAGAGUAAUCGUCAGAUCAGACUGAAUGAGCUGUUGAAGGAACACUCGAGCACUGCAAACCUCAUUGUCAUGAGCAUGCCUCUGGCCAGGAAAGGGGCCGUAUCCAGUGCUCUGUAUAUGGCCUGGCUGGACACUCUAUCCAAAGACCUGCCGCCCAUCCUCCUAGUGCGUGGAAACCAUCAGAGCGUGCUCACAUUCUACUCUUAAAGAGCUCACGGUCCAAACCGCACAGACAUGCCGAAACGCACAUGGAGCACACGUUACGAGUCCAGCACCAGUGACCGAUGAUGAUGAUGAUAAUGAUGUUAGUGAUGAGGACGGACGCUUUCUGUAGCUUCAACACAACCAAUCGAAAGCAAGCUGAAACAAACAUGCGGUCCUUCCGCAUCGUGGAGGUCAAGAUGAGAGAAAGAUCAACGUUUGCCUGUUUCUGUUGUCUUCGGCUCAAAGCUUUCGAGCACACGUUGUUACAUUGAUUGUCGUUGUCAUUGUUAUCAUUUCAUAUGACUGUCACAACUUUGAGUUGUGUGUUUGUUUGUUCUUUUAAUUCGCUCUUAAAGAAGCAAUAAUCACCUCAUUUCUUUCCUCACUUUGAAGAAAAACAUGAAUCUUUGCAACACUUUUAUAGCCUUUUUGAUGUGCCUUCCUGUGCAGUCAAAUGAAAUUCUUAAACUUUUGCCCUGACUGGUGAUUUAUAAAGAUGUAUAUUUAGAUUGUUUUUUGUUUUUUAUUGGGUUUUAAAUGGACUCUUUUGACUUUAUCACGUUUUAUUGCGGGUGCACUGAUUUACCUUCCACUGCGUGGCAUUGAGUAUUUUUACAACCUUUUUUUUGUAGACGGACAGGUUUGUUCCCUUUUAUUCAGAGUUUGACGUCUUCCUUUUAGCAUUGAAUGAGUUGUGGAGUUUUAGCGCAGUGCCCCUCCAUGUUCUCGUUUCAAUGAUCAGUAGAACCUAGAGGUGAUUACACUCAUCUUUGGACUUCUUUCUUAGAUUUACAUUUGACUACUUCAAACUAUAUUAGUUUUUUCCUUGCGUGCAGUUGAACAGCAUGUGGUUUUAUGAAGAGGCUGAUGAAUUCGAUCGGUCAGGAAGCAGGGCGUCACAUUCGUUCAAUCGAUGACUAACGAUGAACCAAAUAUGAUCAAACCUCUGGAAUCAGAUUCCACAAUCAAACCGAUUCUGCUACAGUGAAGACCUUUGCCUUAACAGAUGAAGUAAUGAUUGUUGUUUUUACAGUCUUUAAGCCAUACUGGCUAGUUGAUUGAUUAGUAGCUAAAUGAAGAGACAUUGUUAGAUGAAUAGAUGCCUGAACAAGAAUGUAAUCUUUGCCAUCACCCCAUUUGUCUUAAUCUCAGCAAAAUCCCCCAUCUUUACAGUCCGACUGUCUUUUGUGAAAAAGUUCUGUUUAAGCAGUCCAGAUCUGUACACUUGUACCUCGACAUUCAACAGCAAUGCUGACCUGUUUGUUGUUAUUAAAUAGCACCUCUCCUAUCAUCCGUCGAGGUUGGACAGUUUUCCAUCCGCGAUCGAGUUCAACAUGGGGCUUUGUUCUGUUGUCAUUGGCCAGUGCAGUUAAAGGCCUUAAUGGGAGAUCACAGGAUGUCUUGAAGUGUCACGUCAAGUUGUACAAAUGUUUUUUGCCGUGAGUGAGACCGAUUGGUCCCUCUAUGCAGGUGAAAUCUAAACUCAGGAUUGAGUGCCGUCUUGCAGACUCGUUCUGUUUUUAUUCUGAUGUGUGGAAGGCCAUCAAGAAAACCGAUUUCAGAUUGUCAUGUUUGUAAAUGUCGUUUGUUUGUUUGAUUCUUCUCUGGAUUGUAAUGCUGUAUGUGACGGACAUUCAUUAUGCGGGCCGUGCCUUGGGUUAAACUUUAGCGAGCUGAUGUAUUGGUCAGUAAUAAUCUCCAUCACAUUCACUCCAGCUAAAUAUGAAUUGUUCUGAUCUUUUUUUCCAUCACACUUUUGUUUCCAACACUAUUUUAUUUUUGUAUGUUUUUGCAGGCUCAGUGUGUUAUUGUGCUAUUGCAGGUUUUGUGUACGUAAGAUUUGUGCAAUUUAAACCUUUAACAUUUGUGCACAUGAGAAAUAUACCAUAUGAAAAUGUUAGAAUGACUAUAUUCACAUUAAUAGUUCUCAAUAUAAACUAGUAUUUAAAAGUACUUAAAUGUAAGUCCACCGCAUGUACUUUUUCUUUUCAAGCGGGUGGUUAUUAAUACUUCUGAUGGUACAAUCUUUCCUGUGUUACACCCUAAUACUGUCAAAAUCAGCAGUUCAACUAUUACCUGUUAUCUGAUACUUGUAUAUUAUAUUUGGAUAUAGAGAAACAGAAGAGCGUGUUGGUUAAUGGUCAUUACUCAUUGAUGUAUAAUGUUUCCAUACAUGAUGUGCUUGAAAGAAGCCUCUCAGCAGUUCCACUGUUUUCUUUUUGUUUGUCACUCCAUUUCUCAUUCUGCAGAAUGUGUUGCCAAAGUACAUUUCACUCCACUGUUCUUCCUUACUAACCUGUAAAUAUCUUAUAGCUUAAAAUCAUUCAUGAAGGGAGUGGAAUAAUAGCUGCAAAUGAAUAUGGUGAAACAUUUAUUUUCGUUCAUUAUUUUAUGCUAAUUUGAAAUAGUUUUAAGUUUUAUGUAAAAAUGUUUUUUUUUGGUCUCUAUUUCAAUGUUUGAUCACAUUUCUAUCUUUUAUAUGCCUUUUUAAAAAUGCCAUGUUGACCAGUGGUUUGAGUUUCCUGCUAAACCAUAUGAGGAUGGAUCUGAUUUGAUCACGCUAGAACAGGAAUGUUUUGAUAUACUGAUCUAUGUCUCACAUAUGCUUUUUUCUAACAUUUUAACGGUUAGGGUAUCGAUGCUUUGUACAUCCUUAUUGCAAUAUAUAAAAAUAAACCAAA